AUGGCAACAACACUCCGCGCAUCGCGAGCGACACUGCUCCUCAUUCUCGCCGUCCUCUCGCUCCUACAUGUCUCACUCGCCCAGGACGCAAGCGACAUACAAUGGAUCACGACCGUAGACGCCAAUGGAAAUAAGUUAUGGCUGCAGGACAACAGAAGACCGUCGCUGUAUACUGCCGAUUUUGGAGAUUGCAUGGGCAGCAGCACGGUCAACGUCACCCGGUUUGAUGCCGCUUACUACAAGGAUAACAUGACGGUUACGUUUCACUUGGCUGGGAACACAGGGUUGAGGAAUGAGUCGCUGAUGAUGUAUAUCGGCGUGUUUGCGUACGGAGAGAGCCACUUCGACCUGACCUUCAACCCCUGUAACGCCAACAUCUACAGCAUGUGUCCCAUGAAUGCAGGCGUUCCGAUAGAAGCCAAUGGCAUCAUCCCUAUCAACUCUAAUGAUGUUGCUGGAAUCCCUCCUAUUGCCCUGUCAAUACCAGACUUCGAGGGCCAGGCCAUCCUGAGGAUCUUCUCGAACACGACUCAGACCCAGAUCGGCUGCUACUCCGCCGUAGUCACUAAUGGCAACACCUUCUCUCACCCGAAAGCCGUCGGAUCAGUGCUGGGCAUCUUCACCUUUGUAGCCAUGCUCGCGUCAUUUGCUAUGGCCAUCUACGGGCAAAGCGUACCAACCAUGCGGAAGCACUACGCGCACUCCCUGUCCGUUCUCGUCGUCUUCGCAGUCUUCCAACACAUCUUCUUUACCGGCGCGCUAUCUAUGAACUGGCCGAGUGUGUUGGUCGCCUUCUGGAGCAACUACGCCUGGGCCGGCGGCAUGAUCUAUACCAGAAGCAUGCAGAACUCCAUCAACAACUUUAUCGGUUCUAACAAGGGCAACACUACCGCGGUCGGCGCUGCCAGCUCCGGCGCGCUGAACGAAGAUCUUGGCGGUGGUUACGACAUCUCGAAGAUCUACAAGCGGUCUGAGCUCUCGAGUUUGAUGAGCCGGAGUGUACUUGCUGGCGACGCCGAGAGCAGGCUUGCGAAGAGAGCUCUCGCGAAUUCCACUGAGGGCUUUAAGUGGUAUGGUAAUCCGGUCCCGCCAGGACUGCCUCUUCCGGGAAAUUACUCUGGGUUUGCCGGGACCCUUGGGCAGCAGAAGAUUCCCGCGUCCAAUGCCUUCCUCACUGGCCUCAUCUGGCUGCUCAUCCUGGUUGGUCUGAUCGCUGCUUCGGUCGCCGCCUUUAAAUGGAUCGUGGAAGGCCUCAUCCGCGUCAAGCUCGUCAAGAACUCCCGGCUGCCCCUAUUCCGAUCCCACUGGCUCGGCUACACCGCGAUGGCAGUGCUUCGAACACUAUUUAUCGCCUUCUUCAUGAUCAUCUUCCUCUGCUUAUUCCAAUUCACCUACGACGGCGCAGCCGGCGUGAUCGCAGUCGCAGCCAUCGUCUUUGUCAUCUUCCUGAUCGGCAUGUUCGGCAUCGCGGCCUACGCCUGCUACUACCGCAUCCGCGUCGGAAACUACGUCUCGCAACCGGACCGGGUCAACCUAGAACGGCGGAAGGCAUUAGGCUUUGUUCCAUGGUACUCUUUUAGCAGGGCUAGCGAGCAUCAGGAUGAUGGCGAGAAGGUCUACACCGGAUCGAUGCCGUUCUGGCGCGUCUCUCAGGCUGAAGCAGCUACUGCAAAGUCUGUCCACGACGACGAAGACUACACCGAGAAGUUUGGCUGGCUCGCCUCCCGCUUCCGGCGCACGCGCUGGUGGUUCUUCGUCGUCUGGCUGCUUUACGAGUUCAUCCGCGCGUGCUUCUAUGGCGGCGCAUCCGGCCAUCCAAUGACGCAAGUCUUCGGCCUGCUGGUCGUCGAAUUCAUCACUUUCGUCGCUAUCAUCGUUAUGCGUCCCUUCGAAGGGCAGCGUCUUAACGCGCUUGUGGUUUAUCUCCUAGGUUUCAGCAAGGUCGCCACGGUUGCGCUAUCCGCGGCGUUUGAUAUCAGAUUUAGCCUCGCCCGCAUCCCGACCACGGUUAUUGGUGUCGUAAUCAUCGUUAUCCAGGGCGUCCUGACUGUCGUGCUACUCAUCGCGAUCGUGGCGGGGGCGAUAUCGAGCUACAUGUCGCUAACACGCAACCGCGAGGACUUCCGGCCAAGACGCUGGCAGGGGAUGAGAGAACGGUAUUUCAGGCAUAUUGAAGGCGCGGCGACGGACCUGCCGCCACCACCUCCGCCGGUGGUGGUCGAGGAGGAGGCGAAGGUCGGGUUCAAUGUCACGAGCAUAAGACGGGUCGCGAAGAUCGAGGACGAGGAUAGGGAGUUUGUGGGGGAGAUUAAUGGGGAUCCCGCUGCGAUGGCCUCAUCGGCCGAGACGGGCAACAACACCAACGACGCCAACGAAGCGGAGGCAGGACCUUCGUCGCCAUCAGCGUCGCCGCCGCCCGUGGGCGUGCCGCACAGGACGCGCAGCCGCGCCGGCAGCGUCAGGAGCCAGCGCAGCCACUCGAACAUCCCGUACGGGGCGCGCGUGCACCGCGCGAGCUGGAGCACGCGCGACUUUGAGGGCGUGGCUGCGGAGGGUAGGGAGGACGUGGCGCGCCUACCGAGUCCGCAGAACAAUGCCAGCAGACCAAGAUCGAGGGCGCCGAGUGAUGCGGUACAGAGGUCGCCCAGCGCCGCGGGCAACAGACCGGUGCUCAGGACGCUGCACAGUGAGGUGGAGGUUGGGGGUGUGCGGCCGGUGGAGAAGGCUUCGAGCUGA